AUGGCGUACAAUUACAAGUACCCGCCCCAGCAGCAUGGCCAGCCGGCUAUGCAUGACUGCUCGCAGCAGCAGUAUCAAGGACAGACUGCAACUGGCUACGCUCCCGCACAAUAUCAAUACGGUCAGCAACCACUACAAGCGCCGAGCAUACCUCUGAAGCCAAUGUACACAGUCUCGAGUACCUCCCUGGACCCGAGUCAGGCAGACUACUCGCCUCUAACCCCCAACACACCCACGGACCCACAACUCCUUCGCCUCUCCGCCCAAGAUUCCAAGAUCAAGAACAAUGUCCGCGUCCUGCGCCUCGUCUCACGCGUCCUAGCCACCAUCCUCAGCGCCGCGCCACUCGCGCCCUUGGCAAUGACUAUCUACAAAUUUCUUAGGACAAAAGACACCUACUUCACAGUCAACGGCCAAAAGCGGACAGCUUGGGCUCAAGAUACCCAUACCAUCUUCACCUACGUCUACUUCAGCGCAGCACUAGUCUCAUUCCUUUUCGACCUGGGAGUUCUAUUGGCGUACUUCCGUGGCGUAAAGAAAGCUAAUGCUGCGGCUCAGGUGGGCAAGUGGUGGCAUAAGGGUCUUUUGGUCAUGGAGGUGUGUGUUUGGGUUGGGACUGCGGCGUAUUAUCGGUAUGGAAAGGUGCCUGUUGAUGGGAAGUUUCGGGAUCUCUGGGGAUGGACUUGUAGCCAUCAAGCGAAAGAGCUGCAGGCUGUGAUCACGAACGUCAACUUUGCCAGGUAUUGUACCAUCCAGACUUCAUCCUUCUACUCCGGAAUUGCGAAGGUGCUUACACUCCUACUCACGAGAAUGCUGUACAUAGGCGUCUUGAUGCGGCUGCGGUCGAAGAAGAAGCUGGCAGGUGCGAUGGCUUACCAGGCAGACGAGGCAAAGGAACCUUUACGAGCAUCAGGAUGA